AUGGCUAAUAAUAUACCAGUGCGUGAUCCUGCUAGUAAAACAUCAGCAGCAUUUAAAUUAUUUAUUGAAAAUUAUGGUCCUUACCAACCAAUAGAUGUUGAAUUUAUCAAGAUAAAUGGUAGAUCAUUUAGAACUGAAUGGUAUAGCCAAUUCCCAUGGAUUGAGUUCAGUGAGCAUUUACAAGCAGCUUUUUGUUUCAAUUGUAGAGUAUUUCCAUCGAAAAAUGCAGAAAAGACUUUCACUAAUGUUGGUUUUAAAAAUUGGAAGAAAGGAAUAGAGAAAUUUACUCAACACCAAAAAUGUAAUGCACACAAAGAGUCUACAUGCAAAUUGUCAAGUUAUACGUUUUCUAAAAAGAAUGGAUCAGUGAUUUCUGAAUUGAAUUUAGUACAUAAGAAUUCUGUAUCUCAGAACCGAGAAUAUAUUAGAUGUCUAUUAAAAACCUUUUUGUUUAGUGCAAGACAAGGUAUAGCCCCCCCUAAGAUUUUGUGCUAG